ACGUUUUGAUCUUUUUUGAAAUUCAUAUUUACUAAAGAUUUUAGCUUUUAAGAUAUUUUUCGAUAUAACAUGCUAAAAUCGUAUACAUUACUAUAUUUCAAUUGUUACUACUCCUAAUAAUGGAGUUAUUUUCAAUGUUGUGGACUUCGAUGUUAUAUCUUAUAGGAGCGGGUGUCUGUCUUUUAAUUCUGUUUUCAAUUUUCCUUUAUUUGACAACCAAACCUUAUCCAAUUGUGAAGAGAUAUAAGGAAGAGGAGACAUUUUUUGAUCCUAUAACUAAAAGCAAAAUAAAACUGCCAAGCAUUAAUGAACCUUCCACUUUAAAUCUCUCUGUUAUAGUUCCUGCUUAUAAUGAAGAAGAAAGAUUGCCACCAAUGCUUGAUGAAACAUUUGAGUUCUUGGAGAAUAGAAUUAAAGAGCAUUCCACAUACAAAUAUGAAAUAAUUGUUGUCAGUGAUGGAAGUAAAGACAAAACAGUAAAGGUUGCACAAACUUAUGCAGAAAAAUAUGGAAGUGAAAAAUUAAGAUGUCUUGAACUUGUUGAAAAUAGAGGGAAAGGUGGAGCUGUGCGAUUGGGUAUACAAAAUGCCAGAGGUGCCACUAUAUUAUUUGCUGAUGCAGAUGGUGCAUCUAAAUUUGAAGAUAUAGUUAAAUUGGAAUCUGCAUUAAAGGAUAUCAUCAAAUGUGAUCCAAUCACAGAGCCUAAUAUUGUUAGUACCAAAUUUGGUUUAGCUAUAGGGUCUAGGGCUCAUCUUGAAAAGGAAUCAUUGGCUACAAGAAGUCUUUUCAGGAAUAUUCUGAUGUAUGGCUUCCAUUUCCUAGUGUGGUUGUUUACGGUAAAAGGUAUUAAAGAUACACAAUGCGGCUUCAAGAUGUUCACAAGGAAAACAGCCGAUAUCUGUUUCCAAAGUCUUCAUGUCAACCGAUGGGCGUUUGAUGUAGAACUAUUGUAUAUCGCACAAAAAUUAAACAUUCCAAUAGUCGAGAUUCCAGUAAGAUGGACGGAAAUAGAGGGGUCUAAAGUAACACCAAUAAUAUCAUGGAUUCAAAUGGGAUGUGAUCUAGGUCUCAUCUGGUUGAAGUACAGGAUUGGAGCGUGGAAGAUAAAAAGUGAUAAAAUAGAUUAA